AUGUUGAUGCAGCUCCUAUGGUUGCAACCUUCUGGCUACGACGCCGCCGCCGUUUCGGAAUCGAUUGCCGACAAAUGGAACAGCUACGCCAAGCAAUUACCGAAGCUUUCUUAUUCCCACGUACCACGCUACGCUCUCCUGCCGAACGCUACAAUCCAGCUCCACACCUUCUCUGAUGCGUCUGAAGUGGCCUACGGCGCAUGCACGUAUGCCCGAUCCGUGGAUUCCCAGGGCAACGUAGCCGUCCACCUACUUGCAUCAAAAUCACGUGUCGCCCCACUGAAGCGUAUUAGCCUUCCGCGGCUCGGACUAUGUACCGCCGACCUUGCAACGAAACUGCAUACCAAAAUCAGCGAGGCACUCCAGAUCGACGUUCCCGCUUCCUAUUUUUGGAGUGACUCCACCGUUACGCUCCAAUGGAUUCACGCUCCUCCCAAAAAUUGGAAGACGUUCGUGGCCAACCGCGUUUCCGCCAUCCAAUCAGCUACCCACGGAGCACACUGGAACCAUGCAGCUGGAAAGCAGAACCCCGCCGACCACGUAUCUCGAGGUAUGGAAAUCGACGAGUUCAUCCAAUGCGAAGAAUGGAAGCAUGGACCAAAAUGGCUUUCGUUACCAGGAAAUCAAUGGCCAUGUGAACAAGUACCAGAAUACCCAGAUGAUGGAAAGGAACGUAGAAAGGUCGUCGUGGCAAUAGCCAGAAGCGAAACGCUCGUCAAUCCGCACUUCGCUUCAUUCUCCUCGAAUUCCGCAAUGGUCCGCAUUACCGCAUACUGCUUACGAUUUGUCCGCUAA